AUGGACCUUUAUUUUGACCAGCAUACACAUUCAUCGACCACCUCUAAUCAACGGACGCAACAAACUGACGUCAAUUACGCUGGUUUGAAUAGAGAAGAUACUUCAACAAAUUCUCCGGCCUGUACUAGUGCAAAGCCAAUUCGCUUUCAGAAUGCAGCUGUCAACUUGGCCAAUCGCGAAAUUUUUCCUAGUUGUUCUCCCAUCCAGCAUAAAAGACGCAUGGGAGAACUGUUGUCUCGCGGAAGUGCUAUUUCUAUUGCUUCUGAUUUCUAUCAACGUUUCAGUGCCGAAUCACCGAUUUUCGG